AUGUCGCCCUAUAGGUUGGUCUUUGGAAAGGCAUGUCACUUUCCAGUUGAGCUGGAGCACAGGGCUUAUUGGGCUAUGAGAAAGUUGAAUCCUUAUGUGAAGGCUGCUGGUCAGAAUAGGGUACUUAAACUGAAUGAGCUUGAUGAAUUCCAUAAUGAAGCCUAUGAGAAUGCCAAGAUCUACAAGGAGCGCACCAAGGCAUGGCACGAUAAAAACUUGAUUAGGAAAGAGUUUCAACUUGAGGAACAUGUACUUUUAUUUAACUCAAGGUUGAGACUAUUUCCUAGCAAGUUGAAAUCAAGGUGGUCUGGCCCUUACAAUGUUGUAAAAGUUUUUCCUUAUGGAUCGGUGGAAGUGCAAGGUAAGAAUGGCAUGCCAUUCAAAGUGAACGGUCAAAGGUUGAAACCAUACUUGGGUGGUCCUGUCGACCAAGCUAAGUCAGUGAUCCUAUUGAAGCCCAUCUAA